AUGGACAGAAGUGUGUGCAUCACUCUCGUGAUCCUUGCGCUUGUGCUCGCUGGCCCGGACAAGGGGGCCGCGGCGGUCUACAGCACCGACCAGGGGGGGAUGCCAACGUCGUCGUCGUCGAUGAGGCUGGAGGACGGCGUGGCGCCGGAGCUUGGGGCGGUGACGGUGGUAGAUCUGGGCAUGCACAGCCGCGUCUUCCUCAGAGGUCAAGUCAACGGUAAAGGCCUGGACCCCAACCGCCCAGUCUGCCCCCACAGUCCGUGCGCGCCCCCCGGACAGCCGUACAUCCGGGGAUGCAAAAAGAUUUACGGCUGCGGUUAA